UGUCGGGUGUUUCCCUUUCUCCGCUCCUUUUUGAUUCCGGUCCCGGGAAGCGCUGAUUUCUAGUCUCCUUUUUGGCUGUGGGUAUCCCGCCUGGGCUCUAGCUCUCUCCGCACAUGUUCCUAGGGCGCCAUCUCUUUGCAAAACGCUCCGUCCUCCCGCAGGUCUCCCAGAGGCUGCUUCGGAGCGUGUGAACAUCGCAGGCUCCAGCCCAAUCCAACCUGCGGAGCCAAGCAUGCUUCCCAGCCUCUGAGCCUCCCCGGGCUACCUACCGCUCCUCUUAGACCUCUCGGGCUCUCCAGCUAGGCAGCGCUCUUUGCUUGAGUUCCCUUUCCUUGUUACAGUUGUGGACCCAACUUUCCGGAAACAGAGGACGUGAACCUGACCUGGGGUGGUUUUUUUGUUUUGUUUUGUUUGUUUUUUUUUUCCAGAGGUAUACUUAAAGACAGAUGUAUAGAUGCAUCCCCCUCCUCCCCGCCUGAAUCUGUGUGUGUGUGUGCGUGCGUGUGUGUGUUUACAGAGAAGAGGCUAGCUGAGCUGACUUUUGGGAAUCUUUCCUUAUCUGCAAAGAGAGCUGCUCCUGUAACAUAAAGCCCUGAGACAGCGGCUUAGCGGACUAGAGUUGAACACGGCUCGUAGGAGAUAAAUGGACGCGCUCUCUAACUCGAUUCAGAUAGGAGCUAGGUUUUAAGACCCGGAGGAUACAAUGUUCACUAAACUCUUCCAGCAGUGGAGUUUCGCAGUGUUUCUGCUGAGCUACUCCGUGCCCUCGUACGGGAGAUCAGUCGAGGGGAUCAGCCGCAGACUCAAACGGGCUGUAUCAGAACACCAGCUAUUGCAUGACAAGGGCAAGUCAAUCCAAGAUUUACGAAGAAGAAUAUUCCUUCAAAAUUUAAUUGAAGGUGUCAACACUGCAGAAAUCCGUGCAACUUCAGAGGUUUCACCUAACCCUAAGCCCGCUACCAACACGAAGAACUACCCUGUCCGAUUUGGUAGUGAAGAUGAGGGCAGAUACCUAACUCAGGAGACAAACAAAUCACAGACCUACAAGGAGCAGCCCCUGAAGGUAUCGGGGAAGAAAAAGAAAGCAAAGCCUGGAAAACGUAAGGAACAAGAGAAGAAAAAGAGGCGAGCCCGUUCGACUUGGCUAAAUUUUGGCAUGUAUGGAAGCGGCAUGACCGAGAGCCCACUCUUGGACAACUCUGUUACUACACAUAAUUACACUUUAAGGAGGCGCUGAUAUUUUCAGCAAGAGAUUUUUGGAAGACAUAUUGCAGUAUUCUGUAAUAGUGAACAUAUGGGAAGUAUUAAAAUAUUUAUUACCUGUAAAUAUUGUAAAUGCUCAGAAUAAAACCUUUUUCCCCCAUUGCUCUCUGAAACUGCACAUUUGGUUAUUGUGAAUUUUCCUUUUUUUUUUUUUUUUUUUUGCUAAGGCUAAGACAAUUAUUGUCACAUUUACCAUAAUUUAUUUUGUUGACUGGUGUAUUUAUUUUGUGAACGUAUCUUGGUGCUGCUGACUUUCUAUAUUUUUUGUAACAUAAUGCACUUUAGAUAUACAUAUCGAGUACAUUGAUAACUGACCUAAAAUGUUCCUGUUUUGUGGUUGACUUCAAUGAAUGCCUGCAUACAAUUGUUCAAACUGAUUUUCCUUUGUGCAUGUAUAAUAGCAGUAUUUUAAAAUUUGUAAAGA